GGUGGGGCUGGUGCUUUGUAAUAUUGAAACUCAUAGAAGAGACAAGUGUACAUAAAGACACACAGUUCUAGACAAUGUCUUUGCGACCUGGCGCCGUCAAUUUUGAUGAGAAAUGGAGUGGCAUUAAAGAGACCAUUCACGAGGUAGUGCAACUGCGGAGAGUGAAGAUGGGAACCUGGAACGACCAUUAUUCAGAUAUCUACGCUCUGUGUGAGGCGUUUCCAAUUCCCUUUGCUGAGAAGUUGUACAGGGAAACUGAGUCACUUCUGCAGCAGUUUGUGGAUAGUCUAUGCAAGUCACUGAUGUCCCUGUCUGGUCCCCCCCUCUUAACCGCCUACCACACUCACUGGCUACACUAUCAGAAAGGGGCUCAGUUCAUCAACAACUUGUUCAGUUAUUUUAAUCGUGUGUCCCUAAAGAAGUACUCUCUAGAAGUGGACACGGUUGAUUACCCCAUACCAGGACUCCUGCCCAUCACCAAGGUGACCCCUCCUGAUUGCCCUGUGCAGAUAAGGCAGAUGGCGCUCGGUGUUUGGAAGAACGGUUUAUUAGACCCUCUACAAUCGCGUCUGAUCAGAGAAGUCCUCUCAGAGAUCAGAAGGGAAAGAGACGGUAUAUCUGCUAACCUGAGCAUGAUCAGAGAUGUGGUUAGCUCGCUGGUGGAGGUGGAAGAGUACCAGGAGUCGUCACUUCUCUAUUAUCAAGAAACUUUUGAGAGUCCUUUUUUGGAGGAGACUGGACAAUUUUAUCGUCAAGAAGCGUCCAAGUUGACCUCUGAACUAUCGUGCUCCGAGUACAUACGGCAAGUCGUUGCUAAGUUACGGGAAGCUAAAAGCCGUGGUGAAAAGUUCCUACACCUAACAUCCGUUACUAAGUUUUUCCGGGAAGCUGAAGGUCGCCUAGUGGAGGACUUCCGUGUGACGUACCUCAAUCCUCACAUCAGUGCCAUGGUACAUGAAGAACGAACUAUUGACCUUACUAACUUGUUCCUGCUACUGAGACCACUCCCACACGCUCUAGAGCCGUUGGUGGCUGAGUUUGGGCAGCAUGUCAAGUCACAGGGUAAGGCGUCCCUAUGUAAGCUUGGGGUGGAGCCUGGUGUGACGGACUUCAUGAGUGCUGUGCUCUCCACACACGGCAAGUUCCAUUCCAUGGUGACACAAGUGUUUGGAGGACAUAAAGCAUUUCAGGACGCCCUCGAUAGUGCUUGUAGAGUAUUUGUCAACAUCUCUGAGUGUCCUAAACAACAUCCCAAAGCUCCACUCUUGUUGGCACGCUACUGUGACCAGCUGCUCCGCAAGUCAUCCAAAGGACUCAGUGAACAAGAGGUGGACGAGAAAUUGGACAAAGCUAUCAUUGUGUUUCGCUAUGUUGAAGACAAAGACAUGUUUCAACGGUUCUACACGCGUACGUUGUCACGGCGACUCGUACAACACAUUUCACUGUCUAUGGAGGCAGAGGAGAGUAUGAUACAGAAGCUCAAGCACGCGUGUGGCUACGAGUACACCUCUCGUCUCCAGCGUAUGCUAGUGGAUAUUAAACUGAGUGCCGAGGGUAACACUGGGUUCACUGACCACCUACAAGCCGAGGGGCUGCCCCUAUCUAUCAGCUUCUCCACUCUCAUCCUCCAAUCAGCAGCCUGGCCUCUAUCCUCGGCCACAUGCCCUCUCACACUGCCUCAGGAGCUGCUACCAUAUCUCAAGCAGUUUGAGGAGUACUACACGAGGAAGCACAGCGGACGCAAGCUUACCUGGCUACACCAGCUCUCAACAGGGGAGCUGAAGAUGACCCACCUCAAGCGCUCCUAUAUGCUCAGCGUGACCACCUACCAGAUGGCCGUGUUGCUAGCCUAUAAUGACCGCCCACUACACACCCACCAGUCCCUAUCACACAUUACACAACUGGCGGCGAGUGAUCUAACGCCCACACUCCAAUCAUUGGUCGAUGCUAAGAUACUUACGGAAGAUAAGGAAGUGGGCGUGGCUAGUGUACUGAAACUCAACCAGAGCUACUCUAAUAAAAGGACAAAAUUUAAAGUUACGUCAGCUCUACAAAAAGAAUCACAACAGGAUGUGGAACAGACGCAGUACAAUGUACAGGAGGACAGGAAGCUACAUAUUCAAGCGGCCAUUGUGAGGGUCAUGAAAGCACGCAAGUCACUCAAGCACAACCAACUAGUAGAGGAGGCCAUCACUCAGCUGAGAGCCCACUUCUCACCCAGUGUCCCACUCAUCAAGAAGUGUAUUGAGACUCUGAUGGAGAAACAAUAUCUCCAAAGAGACAGUCAACACAUAGACACUUAUAACUAUGUUGCUUAGCAACGUGUUCCAUGUGUUACAAUUAUUUUGUUUGUCAAUUUAUACAUUUGAAAUGAA